AUGGCUUCUACUAGUGCCAGCACCAGCAGUGGACGCCCGUCCGGCUCCUCCAGUUCCUCUAGCUCUUCCAGUAGCGAUGACCCACUUAUAGCGUCAGGAUUGCUCUGUCAAAUGAAGGACAAAGAAAAAUACAUGGAGAACUGCAAAUUCCCAUAUUGUGAUGACGUGGAGAAAUACGAAAAGGUCGCCAAAAUCGGACAGGGGACCUUUAGUGAAGUCUUUAAGGCAAGAGACAGGAAAAACCCGCUGAAAUUUGUGGCUCUAAAAAAGGUGCUGAUGGAGAAUGAGAAAGAAGGAUACCCAAUCACGGCCUUGAGAGAGCUGAAAAUCCUGCAAAAUCUCAAGCACGAGAAUGUUGUGGAUCUCAUCGAGGUAUGCCGCACAAAACCAUCUCGAGAAAACAAAUACAUCACUAAUUUCUACUAUGUUUUUGAGUUUUGCGAGCAUGACCUUGCUGGUCUUCUCUCAAAUGUCAACGUCAAAUUUAGCUUGGGCGAAAUAAAAAUGGUGAUGCAACAGUUGUUGAAUGGCCUUUAUUACAUCCACAGCAACAAGAUACUGCAUAGAGAUGUAAAGACUGCCAAUAUUCUUUUGAACAACAAAGGCAUUCUAAAAUUGGCCAGUUUUGGUUUGGCUAGACCGUUCAAUGCUCCCAAAACUGGACAAGAAAAUAGAUACACAAAUCGUGUAGUGACCUUAUGGUAUCGCCCUCCUGAACUGCUUCUCGGAGACCAAAAUUACGGUUCUCCUGUGGACCUGUGGGGAGCUGGAUGCAUAAUGGCUGAAAUGUGGACCAGGAGCCCCUUAAUGCAGGGGAAUACUGAAAUACAGCAGCUCACUCUCAUCUGCCAGCUCUGUGGCUCCAUCACAACUGAUGUUUGGCCUGGUGUUGAGUCGCUAGAAUUGUUUAACAACUUCGAGUUGCCGAGUGGCCAAAAGCGCAUGAUCAUAGAACGCCUGAAGCCGUUCGUGAAGGACCCUUACGCAUGUGACCUACUGGACAAGCUGUUGAUGCUGGAUCCAAAGAAGCGAGUUGACUGCAAUGUUGCUUUGAAUCACGAUUUCUUCUGGACAGAUCCAUUUCCAACUGACUUGUCUAAUAUGCUAGCUCAGCACACGCAUAGCAUGUUUUAAUAUCUCGCGCCACCUCGCAGGCCUGCCCCUUCACAGCAAAGGGCCCAGGCAAAACCAAGCUUCCUUCAUAGUUACCAAGAUAGAGUAUUUUGA